AUGCAGCGCCAACAAAAUGAGGACUUCAGGGCAUCCAACACCGAUGACAUCCAUUGGCGGCCCACGAAUGGCGCAACUGCCUGCAACCCGGUGCCACACCCAAAGCCAAGACUGGACAAUUGCGAGGAGGUCCAGGAUUCGGUGCAAGCUCCACAGGCAUCGUCAUCAGCACGUGACGAACCAGAGCCUCCGGCCCACAGCUCGCAGGUGAACAGUCGUUAUGGGGACGAUGAGGACAGUGUUUUGACGUACGACAGCCUGGUCAAGCAGGCAAUGCAGGACCCUAACACACUCAACACAGAGGAGCUUCAGUGGCUCGCGCGUGGCAUCUGUCAGACGGCAUCGAGGAGCGUCGAGCACGCAGAGAUGGCCGCAAAUUUCUGCCAGCGGAUUGCUUCGGUAAUUAUCUAG